AACAUCAUCCGUAAUUAAAUGCAAAAUCAGGGCUUUUUUUGUCGUCACAUAAAAUUAUAAACCACCACCAACAACAGCACAGUAGGAAUAAUCUGAAGAUGACUUCUCCGGCGACUCUCCAAUAUCUGAGCCCUGCUUCAACCUUCAGGAAACCUAAUUCGUUUAAUAGACAAUUAGUAUUCAACUUGAAGUUGCCUUCAAACUGCAAAUUGACGUCCAAUAAUCACAAUUGUUUCAAAUCAUUUACUGCUAACAGUGUUGUCAGAACUGAAUUUUUGAAUCGGAGUAAUUCAUUUUGGAGAAUAAGAGCUUCUUCAGAUGAUGCUAAAUCAGUUAGAGAAGAGAGGUUUGUGGAGUUUAUUACUUCGGAGAGAGUGAAAGUGGUGGCAAUGUUAGCAUUGUCUUUGGCUUUAUGUAAUGCUGAUAGAGUUGUUAUGUCAGUAGCUAUAGUUCCUUUAUCGCUAUCUCAUGGUUGGCGUCAAUCUUUUGCUGGCGUUGUUCAGUCAUCAUUUCUCUGGGGCUACCUAAUCUCGCCAAUAGCUGGGGGGACUCUGGUGGAUUACUAUGGAGGUAAGUUAGUCAUGGCAUGGGGUGUGGCUUUGUGGUCUAUGGCCACACUUCUAACUCCUUGGGCAGCAGAAGCAUCGUUAUGGGCAUUACUUGCCGCGAGGAUGCUGCUAGGCAUUGCAGAAGGGGUCGCUCUUCCUUGCAUGAAUAAUAUGAUUGCAAGAUGGUUUCCUCCGACUGAGCGCUCAAGGGCUGUCGGACUUGCCAUGGCUGGUUUUCAGCUCGGAAGUGCUAUUGGACUUACCCUUUCUCCUAUACUUAUGUCACAAGGUGGCCUAUUUGGACCAUUUGUGAUAUUUGGCUUGUCCGGAUUCCUAUGGGUUUUGGUGUGGGUUUCUGCUACCUCUAGUACUCCAGAACGUAGUCGGCAAAUAUCCAUUCAUGAGUUGAGGUAUAUACAGAACAAGGGGCAGAUACACACAGGAGUUGAGGGUAAAUCAAAAACAAGCAAAGGGAUCCCUCCUUUCAGGCGUUUACUCUCCAAACUACCGACAUGGUCUAUAAUUGUUGCAAAUGUCAUGCAUAGCUGGGGAUUCUUUGUUAUACUAUCAUGGAUGCCCAUUUACUUCAAAACUAUAUAUCAUGUUGAUCUUAGACAAGCAGCAUGGUUUAGUGCCAUUCCAUGGAGUAUGAUGGCAUUGACUGGCUAUUUUGCUGGGGUUCUGUCAGACAUGAUGAUCCAAAAAGGCAUAAGUGUGACCCUAACCCGGAAAGUUAUGCAGUCAGUUGGGUUUUUCGGCCCUGGUUUUGCUCUCAUCGGUUUAACUACGGCACCAAAUCCAUCCAUUGCAUCUGCUUGGCUUACUUUAGCUGUAGGGCUGAAAGCAUUUAGUCACUGUGGCUUCCUUGUCAACCUUCAGGAGAUUGCCCCGCAAUAUUCUGGCGUUCUCCAUGGUCUAUCGAACACUGCUGGUACUUUUGCUGCAAUAAUUGGAACUGUUGGUGCUGGAUUCUUUGUUGAACUGGUGGGAUCUUUCAAGGGAUUUUUGCUGCUUACAGCAUUCAUGUAUUUUUCUGCUGCUGUCUUCUGGAAUGUAUUUUCUACGGGGGAGAGAGUCAAUUUUGAUGAUUCCACUUAGAUUUGCUUUGUCUUGUUUUUAUUUUUUAUUUUUUGGUGGUUUGUUUUCCUGUUCACUUCAUCAGUCUAAAAGGAUGGAUAGGUCUAUUAUAGCUUUUUAUAGUUUUCUUUGUGAAACAAGGAAUGUAAGUAACGUCGUCCUAUUCCCAUUAUAAGAAGUGCCAAACGAUGUAAAUACCAGUCAAGUUGGACUGAUUGGCACUGUGGCAAUAUUCUACGAGAUGACGGUUAGUAUCAUUGUAUCUAAGAAAAAGCCUUUCUGUUG